UGGCUGCCCACACAGACCCUCGCAGGGACCCACACGUCCCCAGCUGGCCGUGGGACUUCCCAGCACUGCCCCCUUUCUGUUCCCCAUCCCAAUUCGAGAAGUGCUAGAGCUCAUGUUGGCCUUUCUCAGCUGCUUUCUGUCCCUGAUGACCCUGUUUUCCUUCUCUUCCAGAGACUUCCAAGACGUGCAUACACACACACACUCACGCACACCUACUCAGUAGUUUCUGGUUUUGGGCUGGGCGGGUGUACAGACCCUCCAAAAAGACUCCUGAGGGCAGGCCUUCUUGCUGGAAGUGUGCUCCCCAUGCCUCACAUUCUGGUCCACCCAGAGGGCAGGGACCCCGCUGAGCUCCUCUCUACCCCAGGAACAGCACCCCUCAGCCACACAGGCUGCCGCAGCGGCCCCACCCCCUCAGCUCGCCCCGAGGAAGUUCAGACCCACAGAGGGGAAGUGGCUCUGUCCCAAGCAGGCAGGUGGCCAGGCCUGGAGGAGAAGUGACAUUGCCCAGCUCACUCAGCUGCACUGGACGGUCCACAGGGAAGGACAUGAGCCGGCACAACGCCAGCAGGAACUGCUCAUUCAGCGACGUGGACGAGCUGAUGAAGACCGUGCAGAUGGCCGUCCACAUCCCCACCUUCCUCCUGGGCCUGCUCCUCAACCUGCUGGCCAUCCGCGGCUUCGGCAGCUUCCUCAAGAAGAGGUGGCCCGAGUACGCGGCCACCUCCAUCUACAUGAUCAACCUGGCCGUCUUUGACCUGCUGCUGGUGCUCUCGCUCCCGUUCAAGAUGGUGCUGUCGCACGUGCGGCCCCCGGCCCCCGCCUUCUGCACGCUGGUGGAGUGCCUCUACUUCAUCAGCAUGUACGGCAGCGUCUUCACCAUCUGCUGCAUCAGCCUGGACAGGUUCCUGGCCAUCCGGUACCCGCUCCUGGCCAGCUACCUCCGCUCCCCCACCAAGACCUUCGGGACCUGCUGCGUCAUCUGGGUCCUGGUGUGGGCCGGGAGCGUCCCCGUCUACAGCUUCCACGCGAAGGUGGGGAAGUACAGGUGCUUCCACAACAUGUCCGACAGCACCUGGAGCGCCAAGGUCUUCUUCCCCCUCGAGGUGUUCGGCUUCCUGCUGCCCAUGGCCAUCAUGGGCUUCUGCUCCUCCAUGAGCAUCCACAUCCUGCUCGGCCUCCGGGACCGCAGGUAUGGAGCCUGCAUCUGGACCAUCGCGGCCAGCUUGGUCGUCUUCGUGGUCUCCUUUCUUCCGGUCCACCUGGGUUUCUUCCUGCAGUUCCUGGUGAGGAAUGGCUUUAUCGUGGAGUGCAGAGCCAGGCAGGGCAUCAGCCUGUUCUUGCAGUUGUCUAUGUGUUUCUCCAACAUCAACUGCUGCCUGGACGUUUUCUGCUACUACUUCGUUAUCAAAGAAUUCCGCGCGGACAUCAUGGCCCGCCGCUUGUCCCGGGUCCAGCUGGUCCGCCAGGACACCGUGAUCACCAGGGGCUGAGGGAAGAAGAAACCCCAUCCCCAAGUGCUCCCAAGAGACAUCCCGAGCUAGCUGGUGUCCUUCCCCUCCGCUGCCCACUGAACACCAUCUUUAUGCUUUGUAUCCUGAAGACUUUUCCACGGUGUCUAGUCAGCUGGAUGUACAUCGCCCCGCAGUUGGUCUUUGCUGAAGAACCUAAGGACCAGGCGGAUUCUUCAUUUCUAAGUCCAAAGGGGUAGGAAGCAGAAGACUUGAAAAGAAUGCACCUGAAAAAGGCUGUUCCCCAACUCUCCCCUCCUUCCAGUUGACUGGAAGAUUCUGGAAAGACACAGAGAGGAGAGAGGAGUCAGGGAAGGAAUGAAGAGAGUUGCAGUGGAGGUGUCUUGAGUAGAGAUGGAUGGUAGGGAAGGCAGGUUCUGGGAUGGAGGAAACCUACACCUUCUAUCCCUCCUGGAGCCCUGCUGAGGAGGGCUGCGCCGGCCAGGCCAUGGCGGGAAGAAACGUUGGGCGCUUACGGGUCAACGGGAACAGAGUGGAAAAGCAUUAGUGACACCCUAGAGACACCAGGAUAUCUCUGGGGAGGAAGGAGAUGGGGCCGGAAGUGGACUCUCUGAUUACCACUGGGGUGUCUGACAGCGUGUCAGCACCGGUCUGGGACACACUCAGCUUCCUGUCUUGAACAGGGAGGGAAGUUGUUCCUUAGACCUAGUAUGAAGACAGAGGGAAAGAAUCAGUCUUGACUAGGGGCAGCCACAGCAGAAUGAAGGGUUUAUCCUGUUCCCUGGGUCCUGUUGGGCAGCCGGCACUGGUGGCAAUGCCCAGAAAGCUGCCCCUCUGUGGUGGCUGGCGGGGAGGAGGCGAGGGAGCCUGAAUCAGACAGCAAGAGGGCCUUGGCAGUUCCAGGAGGGGUGAUGUUUGGAUCCAUCCAUGGGCUCCAGUGAUGCUCCUCAGGAGGGAGCAGGAGGGGACAGCCUAAUGCCUUCCGGGGGCUCAGCUGUUCCAGAGUGAAGUGAUUCAAAGGAUAAACUGGGAUGUAAUUUGCAAGAGGGAAGGAGUGGAGUGAGAAGAAACCGCAGAGACAGUAUGAAUGGGGCUAAGGUCUUUCGGAGAAGCAACCGAGACCAAUCUGGAGGAUGAGGGGCUUUGGCUGAGGGCUGGGAGAAAGUGUGGCCUGUGGGGGACACACCAUGAGGGAAAGAGCGCCAUCUAGAUGAAACCUGGGACCUGCCUAAGAGGCGGAGGUAGGGAGGAGGAGGGGGAGAGGGGGAGAGAGAGGGGGAGAAGUUCAGAGACUGCCCAGCUGCUCGCGUGAAGGGAGUGGGGAUGCGGUGGGGACAGGGUGGGCAGGAAGGGGGCGGGCGGGCUGCUUCCUGUCAGCAUCCCUCCGCCCAAGACCGAGAGCCACUGAAGGACAGGGGCCCCCAGCACCCCCCUGUGGCAAAGUUCAGUGGCAUUCUAGGUGGCUGGCUGGAAAGCUUAGGGAGAAAGCAUCUCAGCAGUGUGGAAGCGGGUGUGGAGGGGCACAGGAGCAGGGCCAGAGCUCCAGAACUGGCAGCCACAGCCAGGGCUCUGCAGACCCAGGGGUGAGGCCGUCCCUAUCCGCUGGCCCAAGCCCUGGACUCCCCACCCCUGCCUAUGGGCUGCACCAUCCCAUGGCCAUCUGGGCACAGACCCCUACACUGAGAAGGCCAUAUAGUGACAGAACAGGGCACCUGGGGCUGGUUUGGGUGAGGGACUGUGGUGGAGUUGGGGGCCACCCCUUGUGCAGCUUCUCUUUGUCUGGGGAGAGCUGGGAGCCCCCCUCAUGGCACUGAGCAGUGUCCCUCGUGCACACUGGGGCCUGCCACGUGCUUAGGGCUGGCAGCUUCCAGACAGCAAAGGCCCAGAAGCCCAAGCACCUGUCCCCCUGUGCCAUGUUUAAAACUGAAAUCUGGUCUAUGUAGUGUGACUCUGUCCACAAUAGUCAGGGGACUUUGAGAGCAGAAUCAUCAAAGGAGAAGGGAGUCUGGAGCCAUAAACAUCGAAACUGGAAGGGGCUGGUUGGCGGGGUCAAGCAGCUUGAGCUCGAUGUGGUGACCAAGGACCCUGUCCAUCGCAGAGCACUGCGGUCCUUCUCCACCUUUCCCCCCGGGGGUACUUCCGGCCCAAGAGGCUGUGGGAGGGACAGGUUGAGCAUUACAGGUGUGUGGUUGCUCUCUUGGAAGGUCCAAACACUGGGCCCGGGCAGCCACACCCAGCAGUUGGCUGAUCAGCGCAGGAGGAGAUGAAGGAAGGCAGGGUUAGGGGUCAGGGCUAGAGCUGGGGUCGGGGUGAAGGUGAAGAUGGAUCACAGGGCGCCCCCUGCAGCAAAUGCCAGCCAGUGAGUCAGGGAAGCCGGAACCCACCAGUGGAAGAGCCUGAAAUCCCUACUGCCGAAGCCAUGGGGCGGAAGUGUCCUUUGACCAUCAGAGUGUGUACUCCCAGCCCGGAAAGCCCUGAGACGUGCCGGCUGUAUGUACAUCCAUAGAACCAGCACAAUGAUUGGAAAAGCAAUACGAUUUGUCUGAUUUACUAAAUAAACA